CUGGAGCUUUGGGAGCAGACGGGCAAGGGGGUACAUCGGAGCAAGGGCAAGGAGAUACAUCGGGGCAAAGACAGGGAAGCACAUCGGGGCAAGGGCAAGGAGCUACAACGGGAGAAGGGCAAAGAGAUGCACCGGAGCAAGAGCAAGCAGGUACACGGGAGCAAGAGCAAAGAGAUGCACCGAAGCAAGAGCAAGAAAAUGCGCUGGCAGAAGGGGAUGACAAGAAAGAUGCGCUGGCAAAAGAUGAUGCCAAGACAGAUGCGCUGCCAGAAGGGGAUGACGAGACACAAUCAGAGGCUGGCGUUGAUGCCCUUGCCCUUCGUCAAAGUGGAGCAGAGUCGUCAGCUUUACAUGAAUCCUCAGACUCACACCUCGCGAAGCUUGGUGGAGAUAAAGAUGAAGUCGGGAGUGCAGAAGCAGGUCGAGCCCACGGCGGUGGCGGGAGCACUGAUCCCUCUGGUGGUAGUGCUUUUGAACGGUCCGGAUUAGGGCUUCUUUUAGUCGGUCGCUAUCUCAUUCUGUAGCUUAUCGUUAUCUCAUGCUGAGACACCCCUUGAUUAACGUCGAAUCAAGGCAGGUACAAAAGAAAAUAUAUCUCAUGAAGACAGUGUAACACCCUUCCCACUCUCUGUCAGUGUUCAGCUUCAGAUAGAGCCACGAGGAUCAAAUCAAAAAAUAUUAUCUUUGACAAGUACCAGUACCACUACGUCAACCUCGUCUAAGAGUCAGGCGUGACCUAG